AACACAAACAAAGAAAAACCCUCACUUUAUUCAUUUACUUUUGAGUUUAAAACCUAUCAGUUCAUAAUUAUAUCAUCCAUGAUGAAGAAACCAAUCCAACUCUCAUUCACCGUUAUGGUUAUCUUCACCAUUCUUGUGCUAGAAGUGGUGGCAAAUGAGGGGAUAGGAAAGAAAAAUCAAUGUCAUGAAGUUCUAAAGCAAUCCAAUUGUGUUGCCGCAGAGUGUGAGACUAUGUGUGUGAAGAAGAGGCCGAAAGGAGCGAGUUAUUGCAGCCCUUCUAAGAAGUGUUUAUGUUAUUAUCACUGCGCUCAAUGAUUUUCAUUUACAAUAACAAGAGAUUUAUAAUAAAGUAGUAGAAUAAUAAGUCGGGUUAUAGCCUAACGACUGUUAAAGUUGUCUCUAUCAAAUAAUUUUGUAUUUUUAAGUAUGCUAAUUAUAAUAAUAAAAAUAACAAUAUCUUUAUGAUAAGAAUACUUUUGAGUGAGUAAAAA